UAGCUAAUAUUUAUUUUAACUUAAAGACAUUCGCAGGUAACGAUCAUAUUUUUGUCGUUAAACCUCUAACCACUUGGUGUUCUUAUCGCAACUGUCAACGAAGUUAGUUACAGCCAAGAUGUACCUUAUGGAUUUCCGGCUGUUCAUCAUUACAUUCAUUUUGCCUUUCGUCAUGAGCCGACUCAAUGACUUCACUAAUUCGAAGAGAAAUUCAGGGGUUAGUAGUUUGAGACCACGUCAGGACUCUAAACAAGAAGGACGUUAUGUUCCAAAACCAGGAAUUAGACUACAAAAACCGUCAAGCAGUUCACUGUUAGUAGCGCCUUUUGAUAGUGCAACACUAGAGUGCGAAGCAGAAGGAAAUCCAUCACCAAUUAUUCAUUGGCUUAAAGAUGGACGCCGAAUCCUGCAGGGAUCUUGGGGAGAGUUGGAAUCGACGUUAGACGAGGAGAUGAACGGAAACGAAGUAAUUACGCAAGGCGUUAGCCGGACUCGAUCCCGACUUUUUCUUGACUGUGUCACGGCAAAACAUGAAGGGGUUUACUCGUGCGUCGCUGAAAACCCUUACCAACGGAUCAGCGGUCAAACGGAUUUGAAGCUAUCGAAAGAAGGCAAGGCCGUUAACGCCCUAUGUAUGGCGAAAAAGUCUUUUG